AUGUCUGACGUUAUCAAUCAGAUGAUAGGCUACGUUUGGAGUACCCCGCGAGGGACCAAGCUGGGACCUGGAGCGAGAAAGAACCCCGACAAUCGCCAGUACUACCGCAAAUGGGGCUUUACUAUCUACCGCACCUACUAUGGUAAGGAAUACGAUGAGCAUUGGCAAUCACUUCUAUACUCUUUGCGGCAUCAGACUAAACUUGCAUUUGGUACCUACGAAGACGACGAGGAAACAGACCAAGAUGAUAGACGAAAGCUCCAGGAGUUAUUCCAUCUUGAUACCCGAGAAGAUCCCUCAGUACUAGAUGGACUCGAUGUCCGUGGCCUCCGGGAAUUCUGCAACGCCGAAAAGCUCAAGGAGACUGAAGUCAUACAGAGAGGCAAUAUGAAGCGCCGCAUGAGCACAAGACCUAAUGAGGGUCGAGCCAUGGCAGACUUCCUCUUUAACUUCGUUUUGCUUGCUGAUGAAGCGGUCUUGAAGGAUAUAGAAAGAGGCGAAUUUGUUGUCAAGGCUGUCUCGUUGCUAUGGGAUAACGACUCGGGAUGGGGAUGGAUGAGAAUCCCGACAGGCUACCUGUUAGACCUGUGGAUGUUCCUCAUGUGGCAUGAUGACCGAACGGAGUACUGUCUUCGCUUCCGUGGAUCUGAAGAAGAUCUCGAGAACCAUAUCUGGUUGGAUACGCAAGUUGAUGGCACGGGAGAAUGUUCGGAGAUUCGUCAUUGGCGGCACUAUAGUACCCAGAAGGAACAUAUGUACGGGGAUCAACUGCCGGGUGUCUUGGAUGCAUUGGUGGAAGAGGCGGAAAUACUUUCCUCAUCGACACGGUAA